AUGCUGUAUCUUAUUCGACAGUUUCACGUGUCUGGCCUUAAGAAAAUUGAGACGCAUUCAAUAAGCAAUGAUGUUGGAGAGACAGAAAAGCGCCUUUCCAUCAACUGUACCAUCAAUUACGGUAACUGGUCAAAAUUGUCAAGACCAUUAGUUGGCUUGUUGAGCUUCCCUAGGUCAGGAAAUACGUGGACUCGUCAUUUGCUGGAACUUGCAACAGGGAUUUACACUGGAUCUCUUACUAAUGCUGGUGGUCUAUAUCGCAAAGGGUUGAAAGCGGAAUUCGAUGAUCCACAGUUGGGACGUGCUUUGGUAUACAAAUCUCAUCAUUAUACUGAACUCUUUAAGUCUGGUAUAUUACUCAUCAGAAACCCAUAUGACUCGUUGAUCUCGUGGCACAUCUUUAGACUUAGUGGAUUCAUGGGAAACCCGACCCUUGAAGUUUUCAGAAACAGUACAGUUUGGAUUAAUUUUGUAAAACAUCAUUAUGUAAAAUGGUUGAAGCUAAUUGCGACUUCUUUGGAAUCAGGAAUGCCGAUUAUAAUAGUACGUUAUGAAGAUUUAGUGCACAAUCCAUUGCGUCAACUGGACAGGAUGUUACAAUUUAUGAACAUGACAUUAACCGCAGAACGUGUUGAGUGCAUAAACACGGACUUAGAGGGCGUGUUUCACCGGCGACAUCCCGAUAAAUUUUAUUUUGACCCAUUUUCUCAAGAGUUGCAUGACAUUAUCGAUGAAGAUAUUCGAAUAGUAAACAAUAUGUUGAAGAAAAGAAAAGAAGACCCUGUGCCAAUGCCAAAGUAUGAUGACGAAUUAUAA